GCUAUUCUUCAUUUUGCAGGGUUCUGACGUUGAUACCACCGAUCCUAGUCAGUGUUCAUACCCCAGGAGUCCAGCCCUUGGCCUUGGUUUAACUGCAGCAGUGUCUCUUAUGAUAGCUCAAAUUACUAUAAAUGUUGCUACUGGGUGUAUUUGUUGCAGACGAGGCCCUCAUCCUUCACAAUCUAAUUGGACAAUUGCUUUGGUCUGUUUCGUUGUUUCGUGGUUUACAUUUGUUAUAGCAUUCCUUUUGUUGCUAACGGGUGCAGCUCUCAAUGAUCAACAUGGUGAAGAGAGUAUGUACUUUGGCAGUUACUACUGUUAUGUUGUGAAACCUGGAGUGUUUGCCGGUGGUGCUGUCCUGUCCCUUGCAAGUGUUGCCCUUGGAAUACUCUAUUAUCUCACCUUAAACUCUGUGAAGAAUAAUAAUUCUAAUCUAUGGGGCAACUCUUCUGGUCCUCAUGAAGGUGGCAUAGCUAUGGGACAACCCCAGUUCCCGCCACCGGCCUCUCAAGAUCCGGUAUUUGUACAUGAAGACACAUACAUGAGACGGCAACAAAUCACCUGACCCGCUAGUUCUCAUUCAAACUCUUGGUAGGUUGUGGUCCUAAUGUCAAUUUCAAAACGUUACUUGUCGAAGCACUAUGGUAAACCGGGGUUUUACUCCAAGUAGCCUUAUCUUCUGGCAUUGAUAAAAUUAUCUUUUUGCUUAUAUUUCAACCAUGUAGAGUUUCUAGACCGUAUAUGUUAAUAUCUAGGAGCUGCAUAUAGUACUAAAUUUGCAUAUAAUCAUGGAUCGUUGCUCGGUGCUUAAACUGCAUACACUCGAUUUUGAUGCUAUUGACGAUGCAGAAUCCUGUGCUGUAAGGCAGUCAAGUUCAGUAUCUUUUGUAGUAAGAAUCAGGAAAUUAGAGUCUCAAGUUCUUGAUGUUAUUUGGAUAAUGGAUGCAUAUUGCUUUCUUAAAUGAAAGUUUGUUGAAUCAGAAGACCCUUUUGUAUAAAUGAUUAAGAUUUGUAUAUUUGCCUUGACCA